AGGGGGCAUACAGGUACAUGUUACCCAAGUGAAAGAGAAAGGUGUUUGUGUUGUUUUCUUCACAGACAUGGGGACUGUUCUGAAAAUGUACUUUUAUUUGUUGCUGAUAGUUUUCAUCUGUGACGGGUUCAAUGUCCACGGCCCACCUGGUCCUCUCAUUGUUCGGCUUGGAGACUCAGUGAUGCUGCCCUGCUUUGUGGAAACUCCUCUUCCAUUGGAAGAUCUUGAAGUGGAAUGGAAAAGAAAUGACAGUGAAACUCUUGUGCACUUGUGGCAGGAUGGAGAGAGUCGACCAGAGUCUCAGAACCAGCAUUAUCAUGAAAGAGCUAAUUUCUUCACAGAGGAGAUCGCUCAUGGAAACUUCUCCCUCCUGCUUACAGAUGUGACCAGUAAAGAUGCAGGAGUUUAUAAGUGUGCUGUUUACACAAAGCUGGAUUCUGGAGAAACUCUGAUUGAAAUAAAGGAGUUUGAGCGCUUGAUCGUCUCUGGAGCCCACAUUAUAUCUGCAUAUGCAGGUGAAGAUAUCACUCUGAAUUGCUCUGUAGACUCUCAUAUCACACCAGAAGAUGUGUCAUGGAAGAAAACUGAUGAAGAUAUCUUAGUGCUGCUCUAUCAGGAGGGUGAGAUCCUGACAGACUCGACCGGUGAGAGAUACGUGGACAGAGUAGAUUUCUUCAGUGCUGAAGAACGAAACAAAGGAAACUUUUCUUUGAGACUGAAGAAUGUCCGAACAGAAGACAAAGGGCUGUAUAUGUGUUUAGUGUUCUCUGGUGUAUUAUCAGCUAACACAACUGUGGAGAUACAGCAGCUGAGUCUUUCCUUUCUGCAUAUUGCAAUUUUAAUUUUGUGUAUUCUUGGAGUUGUAAUCGGAUCACUUAUACUAGGCUCCCUAUCUUACACAUCUUAUAAAAAGGAAGAGGACAGCAGCGGAAGAGCCCUAGCUAUACAGUGUGCACAUGUCCUUUGUCCUAACAUUAUUAUGACCAUUGUCUUCAUCCUCUGGGGUUUCACUGAUGGGUAUUUUACUGAAGCAGCAACUUGUUCAGCACUUAAUUUUGCACGGAUCCUUUUCCUACUUUGGAUUGCUCUCGAACUGAAAACAUUUCCAGAUUUUCCCAAACGAUUAAUUACCAACUUGGCAAUUCUACUACAGUACACUGUGAUAACUGUUGCUGCUUAUUCUUCUAUUUUUGUGGAUAUCUACUAUACAUUCAGAACUGAAAUGAAAGUGGCUCUGAUCAUUGUGCUCCUUCUGCUACUUAUUCCUCUUCUGAGUCAUUUUGCUAUAGUAUGCUGUAAAGGACUACAGUAAUUAGUCCAUACAGGAUUUACAGGAUUACAGAACUCAGUGAUAUUCUA